AUGAAUACUCUAUUCGAUGCUUUACCGAAAGGAGUAUUUAUAUUCUUAUAUGCUGAUGAUAUCAUUUUGGUGGCGAUCGGAAAAACAAAAGCUAGAACCAGGACAAAAUUGCAGGCUGCUGUUAACGCCGUAGGCCGGUGGGCCGAAGCAACCGAUUUCAAUACUGCCCCAGAAAAAUGCGCUAUUGCACACUGCUGCAACUCCCACCACGUUGCUUUCGAUCGACCCGUGAAACUCGCCGGUGCAACUAUACCAUUUCGCAAGGAACCGAAAAUUCUCGAAAUUAAGGUAGACCGGAGAAUGACCUUCACAUCCCACUUCCAGCAAAUAAAAAAGGAUUGCGAAAGCAGGAAAAGACUAGUUCGCACCAUAAGCUCCCGCCACACCAAGUGCAACAGAAAAACAGCUCUAAAUGUGAGUCAAGCCCUAAUACACUCAAAAAUAUUCUAUGGCCUUGAGCUCACCUGCCGAAACUGGGAGGGUCUGGCCACCACACUAGCACCUGUCUACCAUGGUGCGGUUAGAUUCGCAUCCAACCUGCUCCCUAGCACACCGGCGGAAGCCGCCUGCAUGGAGGCAGGUAUUUUACCAUGUCGAUGGGCGAUAGCGAUCAACGUUGUGAAACGAGCACUGAGUUUCCUAGAAAAAACGACAGGGGGAGAAUGUCAAAUAUUAGAUAUAGCUAAACAUAUCUACUCAGAAUUCACUAAUACCCAACUCCCUGCAAUUGCCAGCAUGCGCAGGGUCAGGAAUCGCCCUUGGAACAAACGCUGCCCAAACCUGGACACCAAACUGACACGUAUCGUAAAAAAAGAUGAUCCUCACAGCGCAACGCAACCAAAGUUUCUGCACUUGGUCAACCGCAAAUACCAAAAUCACCACAAAAUCUUCACUGACGGAUCAAAGCUAGAAGAAGAAGUUGGAAUAGGGAUACACGGUAUCUGUGAAGGAUUAGCUCUACGUCUGCCUCCAGAAUGCUCGGUAUUUUCCGCAGAAGCAGCCGCGAUCGCCGUUGCCAUACGCAGAAAAUCCGAAAGUAUACCAACGGUAAUUUUUUCCGAUUCUCUCUCGGUCAUCUUGGCACUCGAGACCGGAGAAUCGAAGCAUCCGUACAUCCAGGAAAUCGAAGAUACCUGUGAUAUUCUCACUACGAUUUGCUGGGUUCCGGGCCAUUGUGGAAUCAAGGGCAACGAGACCGCUGACCAUCUGGCCUCUAUCGGUCGGCGAACGAGGUCAAUGGUUACCCGAGAAGUCCCGGUAAAUGAUAUCACUAAAUCAUUCAAGCAGAAAGCCUCCAACCACUUCAUCGACCACUGGACGAACCUGCGAGGACACCCACAGAAAAUCAAGGGAUCUCUCCAAAGAUGGGAAGACAGAGAGAGCAGAAUAGAGCAAAAGGUACUCUCGCGACUCCGUGUAGGACACACCAGAAUUACCCACGCCCACACUAUCUCACGAGUAAAUCCACCACUAUGUUCCACAUGCAACAGCAGGUUAACAGUCGAACAUAUACUCGUCAACUGCCCCGUCUACGAGGACGACCUAAGCUACAACGAUGAAGACAUGAGCCUAAACAAGAGCGAGGGAGAGGGCAGACGGAAUGAUCAGCAAGCGACAAUAGGUGGACCGCCGAAGAACGAUAAUCACCAGACGCUUCAAGCUAAUCCGAUGGUAAUCACCUUUACCGUGUUAUUCUAUACAUUCAGUCUAACGGUUUUGAGGAGUCUGAGGGAUUGGUAA